UCGACUGGGAUCUUAUUUAUGGUGUUCGGAGGUGCUGUGGCGAUAUUUUUGAGGCCCGGCUUGCUGCGCACGUCUCGUUCCGGCGGCGAGAAACUAGCGUGCAUUGACACACUAGCCCUCCAACUCGCCGCUCAAGCCAAUCAGCCGCGCGCAACCCCACACAACUGCAUCGCUCCAAGCCAGCACCUCACAAACGCAUCGCUGUGGACGGCUGCGCAGACGUGGGCAAGACGCGCCCCCUGGGGAGCAGCGAGCCCUAAAAGGGAGCCGCGCCUAAACAGGGCGGCGCAGCGCGGGCCGGCGCUGUACGCCAUCGACGCGACACCACAAUGUCGGUCACCGGCAAGCGCGGCGUCGGCGUGCCGGUGAUCCUCAUGCACGACGGCGAGGGCACGAUCGUGACGGUCGAGUGCAAGAACGGGGACACGUACCGCGGGUUCCUGGACGAGACGGAGGACAACAUGAACUGCAUCCUGAAGGACGCGACGCGGACCGACGCCAAGGGGAACAAGACAGCCGUCGAGCACAUCUUUUUGCGGGGGUCGCAGAUCGCGUUCUUCGUGUUCCCCAACAUGCUGAAGAAGGCGCCGAUGUUCAAGCGCGUCCGGGACUGGAAGCGGAACAACUCGAAACGGCGGCCGGUCCAGGGGGGGCAGGCGCGCGGCCAGGCCGCGGCGAUCAUCCGGAAGGCGCAGCUGCGGCAGCAGCAGCAGAUGCAGAUGCUCCAGGCGGGGCCGCCCCGAUGAUGACAGUCCUGUUCGAUCGUCGUUUUUAGUUUAAGUAGUGGUCUUCUCUCCCG